GCCCCGUACCUGCCACAGCGACUGCCCCCAUGGCAGCCCGAUCGCGCGCCCCCAUCCAUAUGUGAUGCAUUCGCUGGCACACGGCGUCAACCUCUCGAGGCGGGCGUGCCGGCGCCGCGGGCCCGCCGCCGCCGCCGCGCCGCUCCUCCUGCUGGCGCUGCUGCUCGCCGGCGGCGGCUGCCUGGCCAAGCCGCCCGACCACGCGUCCGACGGCCGGCCCGCCGCCGGCAGCCCCGACGCCACCUCCUGGGAGUUCGGCAGCGUCUACAAGGCGCCGACGACGCCGCCCGGGCGGCACGGGCGCCGCGGGAACGCCGUGCCCGCCGACGUGGAGGCGGCUCCGGGCGAUGGGGACGGCUCGGCGGCGCCCGCUGUCACCGAGAGGACCGAGAAGGAGCUGGUUAGGUAUCCGAUUAUAUCGGUGUCGUUCCAAAGGGUCGAGACGCCGUUCAUCAUCGCUUUGUGGAUAUUUUGCGCCAGUUUAUCCAAAAUAGGUUUCCACAUGGCUCCGAAGCUGAGCGCAAUGUUUCCCGAAUCGUGCCUAUUAAUCUUCGUGGGCGUCGUCAUCGGCGUGAUAUUGGUACACCUGACCGACAGCGUGCACAUGUCUCCGCUGACACCGGACACGUUCUUCUUCUACAUGCUGCCGCCCAUCAUCCUGGACGCCGGCUACUUCAUGCCUAAUCGCUUGUUCUUCGAGCAUUUCGGCACUAUAAUCCUGUUCGCCGUCGUCGGUACUAUUUUCAAUACGUUAACUAUAGGUGCUUCCUUAUGGGCGGUUGGACUAACAGGUCUGUUCUCCUGUGAUACGCCGCUGCUGGAGAUGUUCCUGUUCGCAUCGCUGAUCUCGGCGGUGGAUCCUGUAGCCGUUUUGGCGGUGUUCGAGGAGAUCCAAGUGAACGAGAUACUGUACAUAGUGGUGUUCGGCGAGUCGCUGUUGAACGACGCCGUCACCGUGGUGCUCUACCACCUGUUCGAGUCCUACACGGAGAUGGGCCUGCGGAACAUACUCUACGUCGACAUGCUGUCGGGGUUCCUGAAUUUCUGGGUGGUCGCCUUGGGCGGCACGGUGAUCGGGGUGAUUUGGGGCAUGGCGACGUCCCUAGUGACUAGAUAUACGAACGAAGUGCGCGUUAUAGAACCUAUUUUUAUAUUCGUUAUGGCCUAUUUAGCGUAUUUGAACGCCGAGAUAUUCCACAUGUCGGGAAUACUAGCGAUUACUUUUUGCGGCAUCACCAUGCAGAAUUACGUCGAAGCGAACAUCUCACACAAAUCUCACACGACUAUAAAAUACACCAUGAAAAUGCUCAGCAGCUCAUCGGAAACCAUCAUAUUCAUGUUCCUGGGCGUCGCUACGGUCAACAAGAACCACGAUUGGAACACUUGGUUCGUCAUACUCACCAUAGUAUUCUGCUCGUUUUACAGAGUCAUCGGCGUUAUCAUUUUAACGGCUUUGGCCAAUCGCUUUCGAUUGAAUCAACUGAGCACGGUGGACAAAUUCGUGAUGUCCUACGGUGGUUUGCGAGGAGCCGUGGCUUUCGCUUUGGUGCUGUUGAUCGAUCCCAGAACGGUGAAACUACAGCCCAUGUUCAUGACCACCACCAUAGCGGUGGUGUAUUUCACCGUGUUCUUCCAAGGCAUCACCAUCAAGCCGUUGGUGAAGAUCCUCAACGUGAAGACGGCCGAGAAGAAGAAGCCUACCAUGAACGAGAGGAUACACGAAAGGUUGAUGGAUCAUACGAUGGCGGGGAUAGAGGAUAUCCUGGGACAGCACGGGAAUUACCACAUUCGAGAUAGGUUCAAGCGGUUCGACAACCACUUCAUCAGGCCGUACUUGCUGCGCAACCACCAGGGAGCCGAGCAGAAAAUCCUCGAGACCUAUUCGAAGCUGGCCAUGCGGGACGCCAUGGAGUACAUGCGAAGGAACGCCUCGACCAUCGGCAAUAUAUCGAACACCGAAAGCAUGUCGGCGAUUUUCAAAAAUUACACCACCAACAUCAACAGCAGUACGAGUUUUAGUCAAUUAGAUUCUAGCACUUGGAACAUAGACAUGCAGGAAUUAGAAUAUAACCCUUCUAAGAAGGACCUGACGGACGCUAAGAUUCACCAUUUGUUGGCCGAGGAAUUGGGGAAGCCUUACAGACGGCACAGGAAGCUGAGCUACAGCAGGCACGCCGUCAACGAUCGGGAUCUUUCCACGCAAGUCAAUUACAGGAUGCACGUGAACAUGCGCAGACUGGUCGCGGACAAAAAACACCAUCACAGCCACAAGAGGCACAGCAAAAAAUUGAACAAAGAGGGUAAACAAAACCACGUGAGUUUUCCGGAGUUUCAACAAAACGGAACAGCCAAGCAUUUUUGUACGGAUUACAUAAGCGAAGUACUAAACGAGGACGAAAACGAACCAUCCUCGAAAACUAUUAGAGAAGAAUGGGAUAGUCCUAUUACAUUCACGGCGAAAUUGUCACUUACAGAUGAAAGCCUGUGUUCGGAUAAGGCCAGCCUCAAAAGGUCAUCCAAAGGAUCCAUCGAUGCAGGCGAGUUCAUGAGGGUUUCGACACCAACAGCCACAGAAAUGAUGCUGCCCUGGAAACGAGACGAAGAAGGCGGCUGCGUGCCGAUCCUCCAAAGCGAAUUCCCCGGCUGGGCGUCGAACAAAGAAUACCUGGCGUACAAUUCACCAUCGGCCACGUUCCUCGGCGGCCUGGAGAAUCCCCGUUCGUCCGUCAUCGGCCUGUUCCGGCGCGAGAGCCUCGGCUCCGAGCAGUCCUGCAGCGCCGACUCCACGCCGCAGAAGGAGCGCCGGAACUCGUCGGGCCGCAGCACCUCCUUGCUGGUGGACGACGUCGAUAAAGAGCCGGAUCCGCUGGGCGUCGCCGCCAAACCGGCGCCUCUGUCGCCCAUUCCCCAACCGCCCGGCCAGAGGCGGCAGCCCCGAAGGGGCUCCAUGAUGGACCUCAACACCGGGUCCAUCACCAGGGACAUCAUCCCGGAGGAGGCGUACGCGACGUCGUCGCUGCGACGGCCGUCGUGGAUAACGAACGCCGCCCAGCGUCGGUCGAGCUUCUCGCGCCAGCCGACGCUGGGGGCGUCGCUGAUGAGCGCCGUCUCGUCGCCGUCGCCGGCGUCGUCGGACGAGUCGGCCGAGGACGCCGACGUGGAGUGCUUGAUGAAGGCGGGCUUCUAGGCUAUCGCGCCGCGUUUUAGGGAGUAUAUGAAAUCGAUAAAAUUAUGUAAGGAAAAAAAUAAUUAGUUGACUGAUAGAUAUUGUGAUUGAUAAAUGGAGCAGGGAGAUUAUAUUGUGUAUAAUAUGAUAUUUUGCUAAAUAUUCGAUGUUGUUUGUGCGUAAUGCGGAUUCGAUUUUGUGAGAGGUUAGAUGUCUAAUUUCUAACUUUAACUUCUAUUCUAUACGAGUCUGUUUUCUUGGGUAUUUCACUUUUCUUCUUAUAUUUUAUUGUGUCUGUUUUCUUAAUCUUUCGUGUAAUAUAAGAUAAGAUACGAAGUAAUGAAAGCAAUAAUUUUAGUAAAUUAAACGAAUAUAUUGUUAGGUAGAUAAUAAGAUCUUUUUUUUUCGUUGUUAUAUGAGAAAUUUUGCAUCUAGAAUCUCGAAAAUCGUUCCGGGCAAAUCUCAAUAAUGUUUUGAUUGGAUUUUUCAUCGAUUAAUUGACCAACCAGUGAUGAUGAUAUCAAAAAUACGUCAUUUUUUAGAGAAUUUUUAGAACGAUUCUUUGAGUUAUUUGAUUUUCUCUUAAUUAAUGAUUUUCUAAUUAAUAACUAGCAUUACUAACGUUAAAAUAUAAUAACUGACAAAUAAUAAUGUACUUGUUUUUGACUGUUCUAGUUCGAAUCGGAGAGGUUUUUUGUUAUCGGGGAAGUACCGAAUUGAAAAAUAAAAAACUUGCGCCGGUUCCGAUAAUGUAAUUGUUGCUUUAUUGAAUAGUCAAUAUUUUUUAUUUUUAGGUAUAUAAUAUAGCUGGUAUUAUAACCACACACUUGUUAUACAUAGCUUUUCCGUUGAUGAAUUUUUAGAAACAUCAAAUCCGUAAUACCGGCUUGAUCACUUAAAUGAAACAAUUUAGAGAAAAAAAAAACGUGAAUUAACAUAUUUACAUGUUCGAGAAAUUGUAAAAUAAACGAUUACAAUUUGCUCGUUGUUUAGAUACAAAACCAUCGCUUUGUUCAAACUGAGCCAUUUUUCACGGAUAGUAACACACAUUCUGUUUUCGUUUCGAUAUUUUUUUUUGUUCAUCCUCCUCUUCCCAGUCAUUUCACAUUUCGACGCAGUACCUCGGCAGGCUCC